GUGGCAAUGUCUUCUGAGGUGUCAGAGUAUACCAUUGGGGGAGUGAAGAUCAUUUUCCCUUGCAAGGCUUACCCUUCACAGCUGGCUAUGAUGAAUGCUAUUGUAAAGGGCUUAAAUAACAAACAGCACUGUUUGUUGGAGAGCCCUACUGGAAGUGGCAAAAGUUUGGCAUUGCUUUGUUCUGCAUUAUCAUGGCAGCAGUCUCUGUAUGAGAAGCCACUGCUUACAUCAUCAUGUGAAAAGGAAAACAGAAAGGCAGAGAGCUCACCGCCAUGUCGCUGCACAUGCCAUUCCCAACCCAAGGGCAACGAGGCUGCACCAUGCCUGAACCCUGCUGCUUCUUGCUCUUUUAACAAUCAUGAACCAGGAAGUUCCACAAAACCUGGAAGCCCACUAACAAACACAGAAUGUAAGGAAAAAGAAACACUAGCUUCAAAGCUAUCUGCCAAGAAGAGGUCAUCUCUGUGUGAUGAAGAGAAUGAUGAUUUUCAAGUAGACAGGAAAAGGAUUCGUCCUCUAGAAACUGAGCAGCAGGUUAGAAAACGUCAUUGCUUAGCAAAAGGAGUGCAGCUAGUUGAUGCUUUAGAAGUUUAUAACCAGAGAAGAAAUGGAGAGCUGGUUGUUCACCCUGAAAAAAGCUUGAAAACCACUCCUUUUUCUCCCAAAGCAUCUUCUGGCCCUUGCACUGAGUGUUCCUGCUCUUCUGGAAAAGAAACUGAUAAAGAUACUGGUAGCAAAAAGAAGAAAGAAAAUGGAGAGAAGUUGUUUGUGCCCAAAAUAUUUUUUGGCACACGAACUCACAAGCAAAUAUCCCAAAUUACCAGAGAGCUGAAGAGAACAGCGUAUUCCACUGUCUCCAUGACAAUUCUUUCCAGCAGGGAUUAUACCUGUAUUCAUCCAACAGUGUCUAGCAGUGGCAGUAACAGGAAUGAAAUGUGUGUUGAAUUGCUGGAAGGCAAACAUGGCAAGUCCUGUCUUUACUAUCAUGGUGCUCAUAAACUUGGUGAACACCAUGCUCUACAGUCUGCGCAUCGGGUGUAUCAAGCUUGGGACAUUGAAGAUCUAGUGAGCCUGGGAAAGAAGCUUCGUGCCUGUCCAUAUUUUGCAGCCAGAGAACUCAUGGUGGGCGCAGAUAUUGUGUUUUGUCCUUAUAACUAUCUCCUCGACCCACAGAUACGGGAGAGCAUGGAUAUUAACCUAAAAGACCAAGUAGUCAUUUUGGAUGAAGCUCAUAACAUCGAGGAUUGUGCUCGGGAGUCGGUGAGCUACAGUGUUACAGAAAGUCAGUUAAGAGCUGCUCGAGAAGAGCUAGAUUUCAUGGUCAAUAACAACAUCAGACAGAAGGAUCAUGAGCCCUUACGGGCUGUGUGCUGCUCUUUGACAAACUGGUUACAGGAUAGCUCCAGUCAGCUGGUAGAAAGAGGGUAUGAAACUGCCUGUAAAGUUUGGAGUGGAAAAGAAAUGCUCAACCAUUUGCAUGAGAUGGGAAUAACUGGCAUUACUUUUCCCAUUUUACAGAAACAUCUUACUACUGUCCUGCAGAAAGAAGAAAAAGUCUCAGCUUUUGGUAGAGAGGAACUUAUUGAGAUCCCAGUUGUGAGCCCUGCCACUCAGAUUGUGCUGAAGGGGCUAUUCAUGGUUCUUCUCUGUCUUUUUAAAGAUAAAAGCAGGUAUGCCGAUGACUACAGAGUUGCUCUACAACAAACUUAUGCUUGGAUGAACGAAAACCAAUCUGAUGUUUCAGAUGCAAGUGCCUUCUUUACACGGCCCAAGCGCAAGAGGGGUUUGCGGCAGAAGACCGUCGUCCACAUGCUUAAUUUUUGGUGCUUGAACCCUGCUGUGGCUUUUUCAAACUUAAGUGAUGUUAGAACAAUUGUUCUGACCUCUGGCACGCUCUCUCCAAUGGAUUCGUUUGCUUCAGAGCUUGGUGUGAAGUUUUCUAUUCAGCUGGAGGCAAAUCAUGUUAUUCGGAACUCACAGGUUUGGGUUGGCACCAUUGGAGCAGGCCCUAACGGACGGAAGUUGUGUGCCACCUUCCAGCACACAGAGACCUUUGAGUUCCAAGAUGAGGUGGGAGCGCUUCUGCUUUCGGUCUGUCAAAAAGUUGGCCAAGGAAUUUUGUGCUUUUUGCCAUCCUAUAAGCUGCUGGACAAAUUAAGAGAUCGCUGGAUGAGCACUGGCUUAUGGAGAAACCUGGAGCUGGUGAAGACAGUCAUUGCAGAACCUCAAGGAGGGGCAAAGAGUGACUUUGAUGAACUGCUGAGAAUCUACUACGAUGCAAUAAAACAUAAAGGAGAAAGAGAUGGAGCACUCCUUAUAGCUGUAUGCAGAGGGAAAGUCAGUGAAGGCUUGGAUUUCUGUGAUGAGAAUGCCCGGGCAGUUAUAACCAUAGGGAUUCCAUUCCCAAACGUGAAAGACCUCCAGGUUGAAUUAAAGAGGAAGUACAAUGACCAGCACAAAAUUGCCAGAGGCCUUUUACCAGGGAGUCAGUGGUAUGAAAUUCAAGCUUACAGGGCUCUGAACCAAGCCCUAGGCAGGUGUAUAAGGCACAGGAAUGACUGGGGUGCCCUUAUUUUAGUGGAUGACCGCUUCCGGAAUAACCCCAAUAAGUACAUAGCUGGAUUAUCCAAAUGGAUUCGUCAGCAGAUCCAGCACCAUCAGAAUUUUGGUAGUGCGCUUGAAUCCCUGCAUGCAUUUGCUCUAAGAAACCAGAAAGGCAUUGAGUGUUCACCAGAGUGCAGCAGCGAAUUUCCCCAUACACCUUCAAAAGACCUGUCACAAGCCUCUCAACAGGAUGCAACCAUUCAUCUGUCACCAGAUGUUCCUGCUAAAAGUGAGGAGCAAAAUUUGGGUUCAGAACUUAAUUUUGCUGCAACCAGCAGCUCCUCGGUUCAUCCCACAACGUCAAAUCAGCCAAGUGCUCAGAAAGCUGAAGCAGGGAGUCAUUCCCACCACGUAACACAAAGGAGGAAACAUAUGGGCUCCACACCCAAAAUGCCAGCAGCUGAAACAGAGAGAGAAGACCAAAAUGGUUGGGCUAAUGUUGGUGUUCUGGAAGAACAUUGCAGCUCUAAACCACUGGCUUCAACACCUUUGCCUGCAGCCAAGAUCUGCAGGUCCACAGCUACUAGUAAACAAAAGAAUGUGAACAGGACCAAUGAAGUUAUUGACGGUGUAAAUCGAUGCCAGUCAUCAUUAAUUACAGAACAUGAACCAAGUGUACCGGAAUCAUGUGUGGAAGCAACCAGUAUUUCACUUAAAACUAGUGAGGCUCCAGCUGCUGAAGAGCCUCCUGAUGAAGUACAGCUUCAAGCCGAGUCCUGCAGUGAGUUCCCUUCAGUGGCAAGGAAAUCUGAACUUUCAAAUUUAAAUGUAUGUGCAGAAGCUGAAGAAGAGGAUGAAAGUAUCUACUUCACACCUGAACUCUAUGAUGACGUAGAAUCAGAGGAAGAGGAAACCAAACCACUGGUCCCAAUCUGUAACACAAAUGAGAAUCAGACUGAAUGUGGGAACUCCACAGUCACUGCUGACCUUCCUGCAGUGAACACCUCAGAAACACCAAAUGUGACUAAAAAAAUGAUGGGUGAUGGCAGAAGCACAGGUUCACAUGGAAUUAUGCAAAAGGAAGGGAGUAGGAAUAGUGCAGUUAAUAGUGCAGAGCUGACUAGUGAAGUAGAAGCAGAGCAGAUAGCACCUCAUGAGAAGGACACCAAAAAACGGACAAUCAGCCUGUCCAGGUCACGAAACAAAGGUGUGUCAUCUUUCUUACUGAGUAAGUCUAGCACACAGGGACAGCUCCUCUAGGAAACUAGUGUGUGGCCUCCACUGCAUAGCCUCACCAUAGCGCAGUGAUGGCUUU